CGUCUUCAUUCAUCGCCAUAUGUACACUCGGCUUCUUGGUCUUCGUCGAUUCAAGCAGUGCUCACUGACACUGCUAUACGACACAUGCGAGGCCAUGCUAGAGAAGGUGUUCGUCGAGCUUAUGGCGUACAGGAAGCGUCUCAAACCUCGUGCAAAGGUCACAAAUCGUUGAUGAUUGACCCGUACAGCUAUUGCCAGGGCGCCACUGGAGGUUCACAAAUUCCCAGGCUGGAUUGGGGCUGCCACUUAACCAUGUCCAAAUACACAUGUCCCUCUACACCUUUGUGAAUCGGCUGGCGCAGCACGAGGCUAGGUCAUAGUCGUACUUUGUGACCUUUCCAGUCAUAUAAAGAUGCCCGCUGAACAUCCAGGGAUCCAGCAAUCCAACCUACUAAACACCAGUAAACGCGUCUUCAAAUUCCAAUAUGGGUCGUCGCCAGCGCAAGGAUAAUGACAAGCCAAAGGUCAUCGACUAUACCUUAUCUCAGGGUCAUAUUGGUCGGAAUCCUGGCCCCACUGCUGCAGAGAAAGUUGUUCAGCGCACAGGUUAUGCCAGCGUAAUUCCGGGCAACUGGUCGGUCUCAACGGCACACGCCGGCCAUAUACACUCUCCGACAUACCCUGGCGCCUAUGUACGCUAUAGGCUGCCGGUCGCAUGCAGGAACAGAUUCCUCAGCACAAUUCGGAACCAUCGCGCAGGAAGCCAGGCUUACUAUGGGGUCACUGUGCAGACGAACAUCGUGCACACCUCGUCUAAGCCUCCGCGCGAGACUGUGAAUGCCCACGGACUCGUCGAUCUGAACGUCAAUGGCGAAGACCUGACGCUCGAAACGCAGCGACAGUUUGCGCAAACGCUGGACAUGAUUGACGCGCCAGAUCUCGUGCACGUGCGCUUCUCAUUCGUCGGCCCAUUGCCAUCGUUCUUCCAAAGAUCCAUCCUUCGCCUUCUUGUCAAUGCUGGGGACACGCUUACACAUCUGAGCCUCAGCAUGACCUUCCGAAGCGAGAAAUUGCUGCGGGAUUACUUGUAUUCUCCCAAGGCCGUCAAUCUUGUCUCCCUGGAGAUAGAGUCCGCCCAUAACGUCCAGGACUGCAUCCUCGAAGCCUUGAUGUGCCCGCAGUCGCAUUGCCUGCGCAACCUACGGCGCCUGUGCUUGCGCAUUAAAGACCUGGAAGUCGACCUGCUCUUCUCGGCGUUGUGGCAGCGCCAUCAUUGGUCGGGAGUUACAGGCCUUAAUCGCGUCGAAGUCGUGGAAGAGGUCGACCCCGAGAUACGCCAAGACGCGCUUGCCAUGGGCAUCACCUUCGGCGAGCCGGAUAUCUUUCGCCAUGUUUGAUUCCAUGCACAUUCGCCUUUACCAGUAUGCUUGCUUACCGGACUCUUUCCAAGUCAUGUACUCUACGAACCCAUGUCUGUUGUAAUGUCGUCGAAGCGUAGCGCAGUCAUUGAAUCCAAAGCUUAUGGUUAUUGAG